UCCUCGGACGAGGCGGCGGCCAACCGCUGGGCCGGCGCUGCUCGCCGCGCUCUCCUGGCCCGAGGGCGCGGGUCCCUGGAGCCGAUCCCGGGGGGUGGCUCCCCGGCCGCGCCGGAUCCUCCCCGCCCUCGUGGAGAGGCGCCGCGGCGCUCGGCGCGAAUGAAUGAGUGACUGAAUGAAGGCGCGGCGGGGGCCUGCGGGCAACUUUGCGCGCGGAUCGGCCGGCGCUCGGCCAUGCGGGGCCGCUGCGCCCUUGCGAGGCCGGCCGGCGGCUGCCUGCGGGGCCUUGGCGGCGCUCCCGACGGAGGGGCAACGAGCGGCCGGGCCGGCGCUUGAAGGCACCCUGCGCGCUCCUCGCCGCCGCUCGCCCGCCGCUUUCCCCGGCCGCCGCCAGCAUGGGCUACUCGGACCCGACGUCCAGCCGGGAUCUGCUGGGCAACCGAAGUUUGCUCUUCAUUUUCAUCUGCGCUUUCGCGGUCGUCACGCUGCUGCAGCAGAUCUUGUACGGGAGGAACUAUCUCAAGAGUGGGCUGCAGUUUAGCUGGCAGAGUGGAGAGGAAAUGGCCAACUGGACCGGCAGCCUCAAUUUCACGGAUGGCGGAGCUCUGCGGAGCGGCGCUGACCCAGGCACCAGAUACUUCGAAUUUUAUGAAGGCCCGUUUGACUACAACUCCACAAAAUGCCUGGAACUGAGGCAGGAUAUCAUUGAAGUGAAGGUGCUCUCGAUGGUGAAGCAGACAGAACUGUUUGAAAGAUGGAGGAACCUACAGAUAUGCAAAUGGGAGAUGAAUGUUACUGAAGCCAAGCUCUUCAAGUCUACUCUGUCCAGAUGCUGCAACGCCCCUGCCUUCCUCUUCACCACGCAGAAGAACACUCCGCUGGGGACAAAACUGAAGUACGAAGUCGAUAGCAGUGGGAUCUUCCAUAUUAACCAAGAAACAUUCAGGAUGUUCCCAAAGGACAUGCCGUACUAUCGUUCCCAGUUUAAGAAAUGUGCAGUGGUUGGGAAUGGAGGCAUUCUGAAGAACAGCAGAUGUGGCCAGGAGAUCAAUCGGGCGGAUUUUGUGUUUCGGUGCAAUUUGCCUCCCCUAUCGGAGAAGUACACGGCGGAUGUUGGUAUCAAGACUGACAUUGUGACGGUCAAUCCCAGCAUAAUUACCGAAAGGUUUCACAAGCUGGAAAAAUGGAGGAAACCGUUUUACGAUGUCUUGCAGGCUUAUGAAAACGCCUCAGUGUUGCUUCCCGCCUUCUACAACACCCGCAACACGGACGUCUCCGUCCGGGUCAAAUACGUCCUGGACGACUUCGAGUCCCAGCAGGCCGUCUACUAUUUCCACCCUCAGUAUCUCAUCAACGUCUCCCGCUAUUGGCUGAACCAAGGCGUGCGAGCCAAGCGUGUCAGCACGGGGUUGAUCCUCGUGACGGCUGCCCUCGAGUUGUGUGAGGAAGUGCACCUUUUUGGUUUCUGGGCUUUCCCCAUGAACCCUUCAGGGAUAUUUAUUACCCAUCAUUACUACGACAACGUCAAACCUCGGCCGGGAUUCCACGCCAUGCCUUCAGAAAUCUUCAACUUUCUCCAUAUGCACAGCAAAGGGAUUCUGAGAGUUCACACAGGCACUUGCAGCUGAUGACAGAUGGAGAACUCUAGUCGUUCUUACACUGUGUAAAAGAAAAAGAAGACAAAGGCAACAUAACAGGAGCUUUGUAUCUGAGAACCAAUUGAUGGGACUGUUUGGGAGGUGGGAAAAGUCACCACAAAGUGAUUUCCUUCCUUCGAUAUUUGAUUUUAAAAUGAGCUUGUGAAAGGGCUCCUUGUGGGUAAGUUGACCACGCCACGUUCUAAAAGAAACCCAGAUGUAGUUGUGUGAAUUGGACUUUGAUCCUUAACACAGAAGAGUUUUGUGACCUUGAGAGAUUUAUGCAAUAAUGUUUGAUAGCAAAAAGGACCCUUCUUCAAGGCUUUGCGUUCCUCAAGAGCUGGGGAUUCCAGCGCCGUCCUUCGCUAGCCAUGUAGGAUGACCGUAAUUCAGGUCAUGCCAGUUACAAGAAUCCAUGCUCUUAACCUAGAACCCAGAACGAGCAGAAAAGCACAUACUGUCUAUAGAUUUUAGACCACAACUAGAGCACAUGAUUGUAGCAAUUGUUUCUUUCAUUCCCAGGAAAGUACCGAACCUGAUUUCACUUGACCUAGUUAAGGAGCUAGGCUAGUCGCUCACUCUGGCACUGGUGUCCUGUUAGAGGACAUUAGCAAUAUUUGGAAAUCCUCUCCAAAAAUCGUUUCCUUGGCUGUUCUCUUUGUGCCCUGUCUGCUAUGCCAGCUGCUCCCACCCUCAAUCUCCAUAAGUAGUAAUGGUGUCAAAAACCAUCUGGUCCAAGAGUUCCUGAAAGAAUGCACAGUUUUCCCCUCUCCUCUUUGAGGCAGGGCACUCAAGGACCUUAACAUAAACUAGCUUCCCCAAACAAUGUUUGGCUUACUUACAAUUAUGGGGUUUCAAAAGGGAUAAAAGGAUAGAUUUCCUUCCUGGCCCUUCAAAGCACAACAAGAUCUUUCUCAUCCGUGUUAUAGUUAUUAUGAGUGCAAAACUAGGAAAAACCAUGAUUGCAGAUUGAUUAAUAUAUAGGAAGAGAGUGUGUCUGAUUGCAACGGAGACACAGGCAAGCCACACAUAAAGUGGAAGAGACUAAUCAAAGCCAAUUGGGGUGGAAUUGUUAGAGUCCUGGAUUCGGCCAGGGGAGACCUGAGUUCGAAUUUCUAAUAAUAACAUUUGAUUUAUAUACUGACCUUCAGGACAACUUAGUGCCCAGGCAGAGCAGUUUACAAAGUAUCAUUAUCCCCACAACAAAAGACCCUGUGAGGUGGGUAGGGGUGAGAGAGCUCUGAGAGAGCUGUGACUGACCCUAGGUCACCCAGCUGGCUUCAAGUGGAGGAGUGGGGAAUCAAACCCGGUUCUCCAGAUUAGAGUCCCACGCUCUUAACCAAUACACCAAACUGGCUCACGAAGCUGCAUAGGUGUCCUUGGGUCAAGCACUGUCUCUCAGCCUACCACAAAGAGUUGUUAGGAGGAUAAAAUGGAGAAGAAGAGCCAUGGAUACCCCCAUGAGCUUUUUGGAGAAAGGGUGGGAUAAAUAUGUGACAGCUAGUUAGAAAGCUAACCAAUUCUAUAGAUGAUCUUCAGACUACCAGGUUGUGUAACAUGUUUCAGAUAGCAGCUGACCCAAAGGCAUUUCUGUCUCGUAGCUUUUAUCUGAUGCAUUUUUUCAUGGGUGCGGGGAGGAUGCCAAUCCAUCGGACCCACCCCAGCGGCCUUCCAACAUCAAACCCAAAGGUCCAUCUAGUCUCACACUCUAGUUCCUUAGCAGCAGACCAGCUUAUGGCUCAAGGCGGCUUCUUACCAGGCAUGACAGAGAAGGCCAUUUCUGUUUUUGGAAACUGUGUCCUUGUGAAGAAAGGCUCAAGAGUUUGGGACCUUUUGAGCUUAGGGGUGAAAAGACCACUAAAGGAGUGGAGAUUAUACAUAUAAUUGUACAUAAUGUGGAUAAAGUGGAUGGAACGAAUUUGUUCCUUCUUCCAUACUCCAGUGAAGUUAAUGGGCAAUAAAUAGAUUCAGGACAGAGGAAAGAAGCACUUCUUUACCCAAUGCGCAAUUAACUUGUGGAACUCACUGCUGCAAGAAGUUGUGACGGCCACGUGUUUGAAGGCUGGAUAGAAUCAUGAAGAACAGGUCUAUCAGUGGUGUUCAGGUGGCUGUCACUGGGGAGCACCAGUGUGAACAGACGGUUGCUCUCCUGCGCUGACUAUGGGUUUUCUAGACUCAGCCAGGUGAGAAACAGGACGUUUGACUCGAUGGUCGUUCGGUUGGCCAAAGAAGUGGUAUACCGUUUCUCCACAGUGACCAUGGCUCUGUGCUGGUUAACAUCAGAUGUGCCUGUGGGUUACAAACAGAAAAUUGAAAUGAGAUAUAUUUAGAUAUUCUCCCCCCGCUGGUUUUGAAGUCUUGCUGGUUUUAAUGUCAGAUUUUUGUCCACUUAUCCUCGAGCAGAAAGAAUGUCCCAUUUGGCUUAUAGAAAUUCCAGAAGGACACUGA